GAAAUGGCCAGACAGAAUGAUUCCACAGUGACUGAGUUUGUCCUCGAGGGGUUGACAGACAGACCAGAAUUCCAGCUGCCUCUCUUCCUCCUGUUCCUGGGGAUCUAUGGAGUCACUGUAGUGGGAAACUUGGGUAUGAUCCUCCUCAUCGCUUUCAAUUCCCAGCUCCAAUCACCCAUGUACUUCUUUCUUGGUAAUUUGUCGUUCCUAGAUCUGUGUUACUCCUCAGUGGUUACCCCCAAACUCCUGGAAAACUUUGUAUGGGAGAAAAAUGUUAUUUCUUAUCCUGGAUGUAUGACUCAGCUCUUUUUCUUUUGUGUUUUUGCGAUUGGUGAGUGCUAUAUGCUGACUGCCAUGGCAUAUGAUAGAUACGUAGCUAUCUGUAGUCCACUGCUCUACAGUGUCAUCAUGUCCCGAAAGAUCUGCAAUAUGCUGGUGAGCGGAGUCUAUAUCAUGGCAUCUUUUGGAGCUAUGGGCCACAUUAUUUUCAUGACCAGGCUUUCCUUCUCUAAGUACAAUAUUAUCCACCAUUACUUCUGUGACAUACUGCCUCUCCUGAAGCUCUCAUGCUCCAGUACCUACAUCAAUGAGCUUCUGGUGAUAAUUGAAGGAGGAUUUAAUAUGAUAGUAACAACUGUGGCCAUCAUCGUGUCUUAUACCUUUAUACUCUCCAACAUUCUUCGAAUAGCCUCAUCUGAAAGCAGGUCCAAAGCCUUUAGUACCUGUGGCUCUCAUCUUACAGUUGUUGGAGUUUUAUAUGGCUCCAUGAUAUUCAUGUAUUUAAAGCCAGCAUCCAGUAGUAAUAUGGCCCAGGAGAAGGUGGCUUCUGUUUUCUACACUACGGUGAUCCCCAUGCUGAACCCUUUGAUCUAUAGCUUGAGGAAUCAGGAUGUAAAGAAUGUGCUCAGCAAUGUCAUGGUUAUCAGGUAUGGACUAUGGAAGGGUAGUAACCAGAACCACUAAAUUUCAUGAUAUUAGUCUACUUCUUUCUUUUUCUUAACACUAACUUAUCUUUCUGUUUCUUAAAAUUAACAGCCCAUUCUCAUUCCUUUCACUACAGUUGUCAGAUAUUACCCUUCUACUGAAGUCUUUGUGUGCAUGCAAACAUACACACAAAUCCAUUCCUUGAGCAUAGUAGCCCAUAACAUUAAGAUUCAGUAGGUCCUCGGUGUGGCUCAGGCAUAUGUAUUUUGAUUAAUUCUUCCCAGGAUCUUCUCCUCUUUUGAGAAAAACUGGGGUAGAAUAUUUAUUUUUUCUUCUGGUUGGUGCAAAUUGAAGUUAUUCAAUUCUGUCAUUCAUAGCUAGGUACAUGACCCUCAGGGUAAAUGGUAUCAGACUAGGUUGUAAUAGAAAAUAAUAAUCUUAACCCCAAUGAUGGACUUGGCUCAUUUGAAAUCUCCUUCUUGUGUCCUUCUCCACAUUUGUUCUGCCAUAUAUCUUUCUCCUUAGAAGUAUAAUUCCAGCCAGUGAAUCUUCACCAAAAUGAGUGAAGAUAUUGUCAGUA